UCUUCCAGCCCAGCCGGCCACAUCUGGCGUCUGCCCGCCCUUGUUUCCGCUGCAUCCAGACUUCCCCGGUGGCUGGAGGCUUUUUGUGCAUCCAGAACUUUAGAUAUACAAAGGGAUUGCCAGGACCUGCAACCCCCCCCCCCCCACAACCCCCGCGUGCGCAGCGGUGCGUAUUGGGACUUGGGACCCCGUUAUGAGCCCCUGAGGCCCCGAGAAGCCCGAGGCAAUAGAGGUAAGGGGAUCUCGGAACGCCUUGUAGAGCAGGCGCCAGCUGGGCGGACCCCAGGGCACAGCCAGCGACCUCAGGGUGACACAAGGAGCCCGGGAGCGCAACGAUGGAAGCACGAGAGGUCUGGGGAGCGCUCGCCGGCCCUCUGCGGGUUCUCUGUGUCCUGUGCUGCCUGUUGGGCCGCGCCAUCGCUGCACCGUCGCCCAUCAUCAAGUUCCCAGGCGAUGUCGCCCCCAAAACAGACAAAGAGUUGGCUGUGCAAUACCUGAACACUUUCUAUGGCUGCCCCAAGGAGAGUUGCAACCUCUUUGUGCUGAAGGAUACCCUCAAGAAGAUGCAGAAGUUCUUUGGGCUGCCCCAGACAGGUGACCUUGACCAGAACACCAUCGAGACCAUGCGGAAGCCGAGAUGUGGCAACCCAGAUGUGGCCAACUACAACUUCUUCCCCCGAAAGCCCAAGUGGGACAAGAACCAGAUCACAUACAGGAUCAUUGGUUACACACCUGACCUGGAUCCUGAGACAGUGGAUGAUGCCUUUGCUCGGGCCUUAAAAGUAUGGAGUGACGUGACGCCACUACGCUUUUCUCGAAUCCAUGAUGGAGAAGCUGACAUCAUGAUCAACUUUGGACGCUGGGAGCAUGGAGAUGGAUACCCAUUUGAUGGCAAGGAUGGACUCCUGGCACAUGCCUUUGCCCCGGGCACUGGUGUUGGGGGAGAUUCUCACUUUGAUGACGAUGAGCUGUGGACCCUGGGAGAAGGACAAGUGGUCCGAGUAAAGUAUGGGAACGCUGAUGGCGAGUACUGCAAGUUCCCCUUCCUGUUUAACGGUCGGGAAUACAGCAGCUGCACAGACACUGGCCGCAGCGAUGGCUUCCUCUGGUGCUCCACCACAUACAACUUUGAGAAGGAUGGCAAGUAUGGCUUCUGUCCCCAUGAAGCCUUGUUUACCAUGGGUGGCAAUGCAGACGGGCAGCCCUGCAAGUUCCCGUUCCGCUUCCAGGGCACCUCUUACAAUAGCUGUACCACCGAGGGCCGCACAGAUGGCUACCGCUGGUGUGGCACCACCGAGGACUAUGACCGGGAUAAGAAGUAUGGAUUCUGCCCUGAGACCGCUAUGUCCACUGUGGGUGGAAAUUCAGAAGGUGCCCCGUGUGUCUUCCCCUUCACUUUCCUGGGCAAUAAGUAUGAGAGUUGCACCAGUGCUGGCCGAAGUGAUGGCAAGGUGUGGUGUGCGACCACAACCAACUACGAUGAUGACCGCAAGUGGGGCUUCUGUCCUGACCAAGGAUAUAGCCUAUUCCUCGUGGCGGCCCAUGAGUUCGGCCACGCCAUGGGACUGGAACACUCUCAGGACCCCGGAGCUCUGAUGGCCCCUAUCUAUACCUACACCAAGAACUUCCGGUUAUCCAAUGAUGACAUCAAGGGAAUCCAGGAGCUCUAUGGGCCCUCACCCGAUGCUGAUACUGACACUGGUACUGGACCUACACCUACACUGGGACCUGUCACUCCGGAGAUCUGCAAACAGGACAUUGUCUUUGAUGGCAUUGCUCAGAUCCGUGGUGAGAUCUUCUUCUUCAAGGACCGGUUUAUUUGGCGGACAGUGACACCACGUGACAAGCCCACAGGUCCCUUGCUGGUGGCCACAUUCUGGCCUGAGCUCCCAGAAAAGAUUGACGCUGUUUAUGAGGCCCCACAGGAAGAGAAGGCGGUGUUUUUCGCAGGGAACGAGUACUGGGUCUAUUCUGCCAGCACUCUGGAGCGAGGAUACCCCAAGCCACUGACCAGCCUGGGGUUGCCCCCUGAUGUCCAGCAUGUGGAUGCUGCCUUUAACUGGAGUAAGAACAAGAAGACAUACAUCUUUGCUGGAGACAAGUUCUGGAGAUACAAUGAAGUGAAGAAGAAAAUGGACCCCGGUUUCCCUAAGCUCAUCGCAGACUCUUGGAAUGCCAUCCCCGAUAACCUGGAUGCAGUCGUGGACCUGCAGGGCGGUGGUCACAGCUACUUCUUCAAGGGUGCUUAUUAUCUGAAGCUGGAGAACCAAAGUCUGAAGAGUGUGAAGUUUGGAAGCAUCAAAUCCGACUGGCUGGGCUGCUGAGCUGGUCCUGUUCCCACGGGCCCUAUAAUCGCCAUCACUGCACACCCGGGCCCAGGACACUGGGGAAGGAUAUGAAGAGGCCUGGUUGCCCUGCCUUCCCGCUCUGUAGUUAAUUAGCCUUCUCCUUCACCUGGUGAUUUCAGCUUUAAGAGGGUGGCUUCUUUUUGUGCCCAAAGAAAGGUGCUGACUGUACCCCUCCCAGCUCCUUCUUCUCCUUCCUGCCCACGCUAAGGGGAUGCUUGGAUAUUCGCAAUGCAGCCCUCCUCUGGGCUGCCCUGGUGCUCCACGCUUCUGGCUCUUCAACAUCUAUGAUCUUUGAUAGCUUACUGCACCCUCAGAGUCAACAGAGACUGUCUUAGGAGGGCACUGGUUGCCCCGCAGCCUGGCAUGGGGCCAUGGGAUACAGGUGUGUCACGGUGGAAAUCAGAGACACCCGGGUUCUCCCUUCCAGCUGCCCUGACACCUGCACUGCUUUAGCUAUUUGUUUUGUAUGCCCUUCGCUCGUUUCGUUCAACCUUUGCAGUGUUUCCACUCUACUGCCUUUUCUGACCAAGGGACUCGGGUGGUCUGACAUCACUGCAUGAUGCAUCUCAGCCCGCCAAGCGAUGGCUCCCCUCCUCACUCUGUGUACAUCAUCCCCAGUCACUUCCUCCACUGGAUGGAGGAGAACCAAGCCAGUGGCUUCCUGCGCAGCCUUCAUGCUUCUGCCUUUAACAGUUCCCCAUGGGAAAUGGCAAACAAGUAUAAAUAAAGACACCCAUUGAGUGGC